AUGGAAAUGUUCUCAGUGUGGGAAAACGUUUUCUUAUCAGAGGAGUUUGAAACGACACUUUGUGGUAAAAGGUUCACUCAGAAGACCGAUUUUAAAAAACACACAAGAACCCACACUAGUGAGAAACCAUUUCCCUGCUCAGAUUGUGGUCAAAGAUACACUCGGAAGGGACACUUAAAAAAACACACAAGAACACACACUGGUGAGAAACCUUUUUCCUGCACAGUUUGUGGUCAAAGAUUCUCUGUGAAUGGAAGCUUAAAAUUCCACACAAGAAUACACACUGGUGAGAAACCUUUUUUCUGCUCAGAUUGUGGCCAAAGAUUCUCUAUGAAGCGACACUUAACUAGACACACAAGAACCCACACUGGUGAGAAACCUUUUUCCUGCUCUUAUUGUGACCAAAGAUUCUCUCACCAGGGACACUUGACAAGCCACACAAGAACACACAGUGGUGAGAAACCUUUUUCCUGCUCAGUUUGUGGUCAAAGAUUCACUCGGAAGGGACACUUAAAAAUCCACACAAGAACACACACUGGUGAGAAACCUUUUUCCUGCUCAAUUUGUGGCCAAAGAUUUUCUGAAAAGGGAAGUUUAAUAAAACACACGAGAACCCACAGUGGGUACAGAUGA